UAUAUAAUCUGUAAUGCAGAUAUUUCGUUAAAAAAAGUUGUACUGAUGUCUGAUUUGUCAUUUGAUGAUUUGUGUAUGAAUAAGAGUUAAAUUGAAUGAAUUCGAAUGAAUCAUUAGGAAAUAUUAAUUUGUUUAAUCUAAAAAAAAUCUUUAUUUAAAUCAUAUCUUUAGUCCAUUCACUUGAAAAUCCGUUUUGUCUUUUAGAGUUUUAAAGAAAGAAAGUUUACUAAAAUCACAUUAGUAUAAUGGACACGUACGAAAGUGUGUUGCUUGUUAAAAAUGAAGUUUUUGUCUUUAAAAUACCUCCAAAAACAACGAACCGAGGAUACAGGGCAGCUGAUUGGAAUUUACAAGAACCACAUUGGACGGGGCGUAUGCGUUUAGUUGCAAAAGGAGACGAGUUAAUAAUGAAGCUGGAAGAUAAAGCAUCUGGCGAAUUAUUUGCGAAAUGCCCAAUUGAUAAAUAUCCUGGUGUCGCACUUGAGGCUGUCACGGACAGUUCACGAUAUUUUGUUGUCAAAAUACAGGAUGAUAAUGGAAGAAGUGCUUACAUCGGUCUUGGUUUUGGUGAUAGGUCAGAUUCUUUUGACUUAAAUGUGUCACUGCAAGAUCACUUUAAAUAUAUUAAAAAAGGUCAAGAGACUGAUGAAGGAUCUCAACAACAACUAGACUUGAGUUUCAAAGAAGGUGAAACUAUCAAGAUAAAUAUGAAGAUAACGAAAAAGGAUGGUAGUGAGGCUAGUAGGCCACGGCGCACAGGAGGUGGUGCUGUAGGUUUACUACCACCUCCUCCAGGUGGCUCCAAACUCCCACCACCACCGUCACCCCAACAUGUGCCAACACCAGCUACUGCCACUACUGAAUGGGGAGACUUUAACUCAGCUGGAGCCGCAAGCCAAAAGCCGACAACACCCGCAAAUCAACAGAACUGGGUACAAUUUUGAAAAUGUCUAUUUCUGAAUUUAUAUGUUGAUUUCUGUAAAGUAUAUAGUUGCAAUGCACAAUACUUACGUAAAUUACUUAAUAUAUUUUAAGACCGUUAGCCAGUUAGUUUGCAACAUCAGGUUAUUUUCUCAAGCAAUAACUUAAUUUAAUGUGAAACUUAACCAUAUUAUUCAUGAUAAAACCGUAUAUUCUUUGUGACAUUCAUUAGGAAUUAAAUUUUGAAUGAAAUUACCUAUAUCCAAUAUGGUUUAAGCAUUUCAGUUUUAUAUAUCUAUGUAUUUAAAAAAGUUUUAUAUUGUUUGGUUAGUACUAACACAUAUGCCCUAUUCAUAUUCAUAAAUAUAAAUUUUGUAACAUUCAUGAAUAGGCAAAACAUUAAAUUACCCAUCAUAAAAAGCAAUGAAGACUAAGAGGUUGAUGAACAAUGUUGCCUUUCCAUGCUGCCUUGACACAUUGAUGUUUUUUUUCAUUUGGUAUUAAAAUAGAAACACCUUUUUGAUAAUCUAUGUUGAAAAGGAAAACUUAUUUGUAAAAACAAAGGUUUAUUAGACGAGCUUUAAUGAUUAAAUCUUUUGUAGCUGUCAAAAGAUGUGUUUGUGUUGAUGACACGAUCUAUACACAAACCUGUAUGAACUAAAAAUACAUGCAGUAUUCUUGAGCAUUGUACUUUGCUGCAAAUUUUAGAAACAAUUAAACAUACAGAAGAAACAUUGUGAACAUAGGCUAUGAUUUGUUGUAUUGUCUCAGGAAUAUUACAUUAUUAUUUUAAGCCUAUUAUUAUUUUUAAAGGAUAACUUAAACACUUCAAUGCUUAUGAGAUAUGGAAUCUGAAAAAAAAACUCAUUAUCUGUGUAAGUUGGAGAUUUUUAUAUUUUGUCUGUAGGGCUGUUAAACAUGUGUUGUAGAAUCUAUAUCAUAUGCACCAUGACAGCUACCUGAAUUAUAUUUUAAGUUUAAUCAACUUUGAAUACCGAAUUUACUUAAAAUAUAUUCUGACCUGAAUAGUUUAUUAAAUUUUCUUUAAACAUGUAAUAGAAAUGUCAUAGGACUUGCCAAAUUUGAAAGUUAUGUUUGUAAAAUAUAAACAUUGAAUGUUGAGUUAAAUUUAAAAAGAGAUACUUAUAUAAACAGGUUUCUUUCACACUUCAAAUAAAAGACAUCUUUGAAAUAAUAUAAAUUCAGUCGAAAGAUCUAAAUACACAAGUCCGCAGGUUAUCAAUUCGACCGUUAUAUUGUUUUAGCUACAAUAAAAUGUGACUUUAUCAUUAUUUGUUACAUGACACAUCGCACAUUAGCUAUGCUGAAAACAAAAUUGCGCCAUUUCCCUUGUUCUUGAAUGAUAGUUGACGUUGAAAGAUGACAGUUGGCUGAUUGAUGUUCUUUCAGGUGUUCACGCAAAUUUAUUUUCUUUAAAGAAGCCGUGAGUUGGGUUGGGAGGUAAUAAGUUUGCGUGUCACAUGUAUUAUUACGAAGUGUGAAAGUAAUAUAUUUAAUUUGUAGCUGUUAGGUAUGUUAGGUUUAAUUUUGUGUACAUAUGUACCUAUAAACAUUAAUCUGUAUAUGAUGUAUUACUUAUAAUUUAACCAUAACGUAUUCCCGGCUAAUGUUUGACCAAAUUUUUUUGUUAAACUUAAAUUACUAAAAGUUUUACCUGAAAUAUAAAGACGGGUUCAAUAUAAAUCUGUUUAGGAUAUUUAAAUUAUAAUGUAAGUAGUUUGCGUAGAAUUUUCAGUAGUGUUUAAUAGGAUGUUGCUAAUCAUGAGAUAUCAGUUAGGUAAAAUAAACUAUGUAUAAACAAUCUUUAUUUUCAUACAUAAAGAAUUUGAGGUUCUACAAAAUAUUUGAUGGUGUACAAAAUAAAUGAUCAGUUAUU